AUGUCUCACGAGCGUACGGCUGAUGCCUUGGCUGAAGAUUUUGUCACCUUUGAUCAAUUCAUUCUGCUUGGUGAUUCAAUCACGCAGAACGCUUCAAACCAUGAGGGCGGAUUUGGGUUUGUUCCCGCUUUAGCACAUGAUUACGCUCGUCGGUUGGACGUCAUUAACCGUGGCUUCAGUGGAUACAACACUGCCAAUAUAAGACUGAUAUAUCCUCGGUUUUUUCCACCUCCGCACAUUGCUCGUGUGCGAUUUCUUCUGCUGUUCUUCGGUGCCAAUGACUCUGUCAUCGACCGAACUUCGAGACAUCACGUCUCCGUAGACGAAUACAAGGCCAAUCUCGAAUACAUUAUCACGCAUCCGUCUACCCGCCAACAAAAUCCAAAUAUCAUCGUGGUCACUCCACCUCCAAUCUGCGAACACCAGCAAAAGCAGCUUGAUAUACAAAAGGGGUUUCCAUUUUUGAGGAGACGAGCUGAGAAUACUAAAAAGUAUGCAGAGGCUUGUUUGGAUGUUGCGAGCAGAAUGAAUGUCGUUGGAGUUGAUAUCUGGUCGGCAUUUAUGAGAGAAGCUGGAUGGGAGCAAGGGCGGGCAUUGAAGGGAUCACUGGAGGUUCAGAAAAACGAGGUACUUCAGAGUCUUUUAUACGAUGGUCUCCAUCUAAGUGCGGACGGGUAUAGACUGCUUUACAGGGAAGUGAGAGACGUGAUCCAUCAAAGUUUUCCAAACCAGACACCUGAAAAGUUACCAAUGGUGUUUGCAGGAUGGCAGAAUGCUCCUCGAUAUGAUGACUAA